AUGCCAAAAACACCAAAGGGACCAGGCGGUGACAAGAAACCCGGCUCAUCAGAAGACAAAGACAAGCCGAAAACACCGAAGGGACGAGGAGACGCAAAGGGACCCGGCUCAUCAGAACACAAAGACAAGCCGAAAACACCAAAGGGACCAAAAGGUGGAAAGCAGCCCGGGUCACCAGAACGCAAAGACAAGCCGAAAACACCAAAGGGACCAGGAGAUGAAAAGGCACCCGACUCAUCAGAACACAAAGACAAGCCGAAAACACCAAAGGGACCAGGAGGCGCAAAGAAACCUGGCUCGCCGGAACACAAAGACAAGCCGAAAACACCAAAGGGACCAGGCGGUGCAAAGGAACCUGAGUCACCAGAACACAAAGACAAGCCGAAAACACCAAAGGGACCAGGAGGUGCAAAGGAACCUGAGUCACCAGAACACAAAGACAAGCCGAAAACACCAAAGGGACCAGGAGGUGCAAAGAAACCUGGCUCGCCGGAACACAAAGACAAGCCGAAAACACCAAAGGGACCAGGAGAUGAAAAGGCACCCGGCUCAUCAGAACACAAAGACAAGCCGAAAACAGCAAAGGGACCAGGAGGUGAAAAGAAACCCGGCUCAUCAGAAGACAAAGACAAGCCGAAAACACCGAAGGGACCAGGAGACGCAAAGGGACCCGGCUCAUCAGAACACAAAGACAAGCCGAAAACACCAAAGGGACCAGGAGGUGAAAAGGAAUCGGGCUCACCAGAACACAAAGACAAGCCGAAAACACCAAAAGGACCAGGAGGCGCAAAGAAACCUGGCUCACCGGAACACAAACAGAAGCCGAAAACACCAAAGGGAGCUGGAGGUGAAAAGGAACCAGGCUCAGCAGACGAUAAAGAGCUGCCGAAGAAACCGCACGGACCACAUGGUGACAAGGGACCUUCCUCACCUGAAGACAAGGAACACGGGAAGAAACCACAUGGUCAACAUGGUGGUAAGGGACCUGGCUCACCUGACGACAAGGAACACCCGAAGAUACCACAUGGACCACAUGGUGGUAAGGGAUCUGGCUCAGCUGAAGACAAGAAGCACUCGAAGAAUCCACAUGGACCACAUGGUGGUAAGGAUCGUGGCUCACCAGACGAUAAGGAACACCCGAAGAAUCCACAUGGACCACAUGGUGGUAAGGGACCUGGCUCAGCUGAUGACAAGGAACACCCGAAGAAUCCACAUGGACCACAUGAUGGUAAGGAACCUGGCUCAGCUGAUGAUAAGGAGCACCCGAAGAAACCAGAUGGACCACAUGGUGGUAAGGGACCUGGCUCACCUGAAGACAAGAAACACCCGAAGAAUCCACAUGGACAACAUGAUGGUAAGGAACAUGGCUCACCAGACGAUAAGGAACACCCGAAGAAACCACAUGGACCACAUGGACCACAUGGUGGUAAGGGACCUGGCGCACCUGAAGACAAGGAACACCCGAAGAAACCAAAUGGACCACAUGGUGGAAAGAAACCUACCUCAUCUGAAGAAAAGGGACGACCGAAGAAACCACAUAAACCAAGAACAGGUGACGGUUUAUCGCCUGCUUCAUCAGAAGAAGGUAAACCUAAGCAAAAAGAUGGGGCACUGGUCAGCAAACGUGGAGGUGGUCAUAUUGCUCGUAUAUUGUCAACGACAGCGGAUGUUGCUUUCAAACGUGGUGCUCGUUACGAUUCACCAUGUGCUCGAUGCGCCUUGCCUGAAGUUCGCAAAUAUCAACGAGUUGGUCUUAAGUCAAUUGAAAUUACAAGUAUAUCAGUUGAUAAAAAACAAAAUUUGAUUAUUGAAUUUGAUUGUAUUGUUGAUCCACAAUACAACGAAUUGAUUCGCAGUGCAUUGCGACGUGCUUCUGUCACACUGGAUCUUAAACGUAUCUUCAAACAUCAAGAACACUAUUAA